UAACUUUGUAGGACAAACAGUCACGUCAAAUAAAAUGUCAGCGCCCAUUGAAUCGUGUACGGAUAUUGAUAAUUUUAAGGAUAUUUAUAAAAGGUACAAAAGACGAGACAAACCAUUAGUAGUUGAAGAUGUUAUUGACAUCCACACAGGAAUAAAUAUUCCCAACGCUAUACCGUUUGAUCUUCAUGAACCAGCACACAAGUCGUUUCCAGGCCUGAAACCUGUUGCAGAAUGGAGGGCCUACCAGAUACAGAAUUGUGAGGGUUUUAUCGUCAUAUCGAAUGCGUUCAAGCGGAAGUACCAGCGCUACUGGGUGGCUAGAUGUUUGCUUGACUUCCCUAUGAAGCCUAAUAAAACCAACGUAGAUGCACAUACAGAUAGACCAUCACAGAUAUGGAAUUCCUGUAUUGAUAAUAACAGACCAGACUUAAAGAAGGACAGCUUAUUGAUGCGACUCCGAUGGGCCACACUAGGCUAUCAGUACGAGUGGAACACUAAGGAAUACUUCUCUGACCGUGUGCAAGAGUUCCCCACAGAUCUGAGUCAUUUGUGUGGCUACAUAGCAGAGACGCUUGGUUACUCAAGCUACUCGUCUGAGGCAGGAAUUGUCAACUUCUACAGAAUGGACUCCUCGUUGAUGGGUCACACUGAUGUCUCGGAGCUAGACCAUGCUGCACCUAUCAUUUCCUUUAGCUUUGGUCAAUCCUGUAUAUUCCUGAUUGGAGGACCAACAAAGGCGACAACACCGACAGCAGUGUUUCUGCACAGUGGGGACAUUGUUCUGAUGACGAAACAGGCCCGACUGAGCUACCACGCAGUACCCAGAAUACUUCCUGGCAAUCCGGAACAUCUCCAUAACUGUUUCUAUGGUGAUGAUGAUGUCAUCAUCACUGAAUCACAGGGGGAUAAGUCUAUUCAGCAAUAUGUGGAAAGUUCUGGGGAUUCCAAUGAAAUUGAUCCAUACAGUGACACAGCCAAUCAGAAGCCCCCUCACAUAAAUAUUGUCCAAUCAGAUUCAGCGUCUCACAAGGAGGAUGUGGUUGAAACACCAACCAUGAAAGGGAACAAUUGCAGUGUUGAUGAACUGGGUGUGAUCAUGGAUGAAGUGUUACAAGGGCUGGAUUGGGCUCCGUUUCAUGAAUAUUUGAACGUUUCUCGUGUGAAUGUAAACGUGAGACAGGUAUUGAAGGCUGGAGCUGAGCUGGGACUUUCUUUAGCAGAGAUAAAACCUUGUGAUAGGAACUACACACAAAAAUAGUGACACAGUUUAUUGUUACUGAUAUGCACAGUUUGUAUGCUACAUCGAGAAUUAAAAUGAGUCAUUUAGAGUUUACCAUGUCUCUGAAUAUAAGUGUGCAUAUUUGAACAUUAAUAUAAAUACACACAAUGUAGAAAGAAAGUUUCCAUGCCAACCAAAAUCAUGGGUCAACCUUGGACCUUUUAUUCAUUUAUCAUUUUAAAAACUACCAUAUGUCUGCAUCUUUCCAAAUCCCUGUUAAGACCAUUCAAUAUUUAAAUAAAAUACAUUUAAGACUGACA